AUGGCCAUGACCACCUCGAGCGGGAGCGACUCUGUCUCCUCAUCCAAGAGCAGCAUCGGCAGCAUCGGCACCAGGGUGAUCAAUCCGACACUCAACUUCUCCGCCGGCUCCUCAUCGUCGUCCUCAUUGGCAGGGCCCUUCAACUUCGCCCCGCUCAUCACCGUUCGACUCGGCGUCGACAAUUACCUGUAUUGGCGCACUCAGGUAAUCCAAGUUCUUCGCAGCCAUCUACUUCUUGGCUUCAUCGAUGGCAGCUUUCCCUGCCCUGAGGAAGAAGUCGACAAUCCCAAGGCCGUCGACGAUGCAAAGGCGCCGCGUCGCAUCUACAACCACGAGUUCACCGCGUGGCAUCAGCAAGACGCGGCCAUUCUCUCCGCCAUCAUGUCUACCUCUACUGAAGCCGUGCAGGGCAUGGUCAUCUUCUCCACCACCGCGCAUGAUGCGUGGUCUGCCCUUGCUGCGAGCUUCUCCUCGCAGUCCACGGCGCGAUACAUGGCGAUCCGUCGCCAACUCCAGGAGGCGAAGAAACUCGACUCCACCAUGACUGUCUACUUCAACAAAGUCAAGGGCCUGGCUGAUACACUGGCCUCGAUCGGCCAGCCUCUGCGCCCCGAGGAGUUCAUCGACUAUAUCCUGGCAGGCCUUGACGAUGAUUACGAGGCUAUCGUCGAGGUAAUCUCCAAUCGGACUACACCUAUAUCUACUCGUGAUCUAUUUGCACAGCUUCUGAGCAAGGAGCAAAGGGUGGAGGCAAAGAAGGCCGAGCAGCACGGCGGUCAUAAUUUCCACUCCGCCAAUGCCGCGUCCAAGGGAGGCGGUGCCAAGGCGCCCUAUCGCAGCGACUACCACAGCGAGUAUCGCCCUGAUCCUCGAAAUCAGGGCAAGCCGGUCUACUUCAACAAACCGGCCGGCAUGGGCUACAACUCCGGUGGUGGCGGAGGCUCUGCGAAUCAUGGUGGCCGCGGCGGCGGAUACAACCAUGGUGGCCGCGGCGGCGGCUACAACAACGGUGGCCGAGGUGGAGGCUACAACUCCUACAACCAUGGCAAUGGAGGCCGUGGUGAUGAAGGAAAUCGACCCAUCUGUCAAAUCUGUGAUAAGGUGGGUCAUGUUGCGUCACGGUGCUUCAAGCGGUUCAAAACCGAGUACCUUGGCGUCGAUAAUGAUGGUCGCUACAUGGACCGUCAGGUCGCUGCUGCUACAACACAUGGCCAUGGUGGCCAAACCACUUGA